AUGAUGGCCGAUGGACCAACUCAACACCAUCGUGUAAAGGUUUGACAGUCUGAUUACCUAAAAAUUGCUGACCUUCUUGUCCUAUUUUUUUUAAAACUGACAAGCUGAUGUUGUAACCUGAGAAAUUAGAGUUACUUCGAAGGAUAUUUUGUCUAAAAAAAGUUGACAAAACGAUUUUUCGCAGUUAAUAUUGUGAUUGCUGUCACUGAGAUCGAGAGAUAUACCCUCCAAUGAAAUCCCAAAUCUACGAUUGAUUUUUCAGAACAAUAAUAAUAAUAAUAAUAAUAAUAAUAACAAUAAUAAUAAUUUAAACAUAUUUAUACAGGAUCAGUUGAUAGUUUUGAGGCAGCUUUGAAGUAGAUGAUCCUCGCUGCUCGUCUUUGUAGUCUUUCAAUCUUGUCACAGUUUCCUUGUCCAAAUUCAUGCCACACAGAAUCACAAUAAUCUAGAACUGGGAGGACCAUGAACUGAAAGAUCAUCAUCGAUAAAGGCCGAUCAUCUAAUGGCUAAGAGUUGGGCUUUAGCUGGCGGUUCCGCUGCAAAUUUAGAAUGCAAUACAGACUUUUAUAUGCGGAAACCGUUCUUACCAUAGCGUAAUCUAUUGCCGUCCCACAUUGCAGCCUCCUGUUUACCUCCUGCUGGAAUAAAACACGGUGUUCACAUCGGUAAUGACUAUGGUCACGGAAAAACAGUUCGAUUCCAGUGUGAUCGUGAAUACACCCUUGAAGGCAGGGCUCGAGUGACUUGUACUGAUGGAAAAUGGGACUCUGACCCACCCAACUGUAAAGGUAUCUAUUAUAGGAGUGCGUUUAAAGUGAAUGCACAUAUUACUGACCUCGUUUUGCUCUAAUGUUGCUGAUUAUUUCAUAUCUUCUUACCUGAAGAUUUUAAGGAGUGUGCUUCAGGAAGAAACAAUCUACUCUACUUAUUGCUAAAUCACCCUUUGAUACGAGCCCAAACCACCUCCUCUCCACCCUCGACUAGGAAAGGCUAUCUCUUCGGCGAGAGAAACAGGAAGCCUUAAGGAUGUAUAAAACUAUGAAUGACCUUGCUCCGGAAUAUCCACAAAGUCUUUUCUCUCAGCGUCAUUCUCCUAACAACUUAAGAAACUCUGAAGGAAGGCUGACCCUGUCCAAACCAAGCACCAAUUAUUUGAAACGAAGCUUCUCUUACAGUGGGGCCCUGUUAUGGAAUAACAUGCCCAAAAGCUUAAAAAUGCUGCAUCUGUUAAACAUUUUAACCGAAAUACCACAGAUUCCCCCACGGCAAUCGUAUAAAGCAGCUGUAAUUAGUUUUAGUUUUAAACUUAAGCUUAACCAAUGAUUUUCCGUGUAUAAAUAAAGAUUUAUACAUCUGACUGAAUUUAUGAAACCAUUGCUGCAGUGAGUGUCUACAGGUCCUAUGCUAAGUUUGUCCUUGGUACAAAGACUUUGACCCUCCCCACCCAGGACAAUGGGUGACUAUCUGUGCCGCCCAUUGAGCUCUGCAAUUGUCAUGAUAAUCAUUCUCAGCUAAGGCCUGAUUCAGCCGGCUAGGGUAAAUUAAGAACAAGGUAUAUGCCAGUCAAAGCCUCUACUGAUAACUACUGCUUACCAAAGGGGUUGUUUCAAAACAGCCCCCUUCCUACCCCAAUAGUUUUGACCCUUAGGCCUGAUCCACCCACCCACUGUUACGGCAGCCCCUGGGCAUAACUAUAUCUACCCGAUAAAGUUGUAAAUAUAGUUUAUUUUAUGUGAAGACAUAAUUUUUUUUUCUUGUGACGUAUUUAUUUCACAGUUUUGCGUUUAAAUUAUACAAUCAAACUCUUUCAACGAAGACCAGUGCGUUAAUUACUUGUUGUAGAGUAACUUCAUUCAUCUUUUUUUGUUGUUGUUCUAGACAUCAACGAAUGUUCUACCAACUCUCAUAGCUGUGACGUAAAUGCGGUGUGCGGCAAUACUCUGGGUUCUUACACAUGCGCUUGCAAACCAGGAUACUCGGGUAAUGGAAGAACAUGCUCUGGUAAGUUGAAUAGUGUAAUUAAAAAACAAAGUGUUUAUGCUAAAUUUGUCUUUAGCAGUAUACUGAAGCAAGUACCCCACGCAAAAACUCACAAAAUCUGAUGACACUAUUGUGUGUAACCCAGUUAAAUAGGCAACAUUGGGUGUUCAUCAAAAAAUACAUCAAACUAAUUAUAAAAAGCUAAAAUACACCAGGCAGAUGAACUUCGAAAAAUAUAUCUAUUUGAUAAAGUUGUAAGUAUAGUUUAUUUUAGGUAAAGACCUUAUUUUUUUUUUCUUGUACAUAUUUAUUUCACAGUUUUGCGUUUAAAUUAUACAAUCAAACUCUUUCAACGAAGACCAGUGCGUUAAUUACUUGUAGUAGAGUAACGUCAUUCAUCUUUUUUUGUUGUUGUUCUAGACAUCAACGAAUGUUCUACCAACUCUCAUAGCUGUGACGUAAAUGCGGUGUGCGGCAAUACUCUGGGUUCUUACACAUGCGCUUGCAAACCAGGAUACUCGGGUAAUGGAAGAACAUGCUCUGGUAAGUUGAAUAGUGUAAUUAAAAAACAAAGUGUUUAUGCUAAAUUUGUCUUUAGCAGUAUACUGAAGCAAGUACCCCACGCAAAAACUCACAAAAUCUGAUGACACUAUUGUGUGUAACCCAGUUAAAUAGGCAACAUUGGGUGUUCAUCAAAAAAUACAUCAAACUAAUUAUAAAAAGCUAAAAUACACCAGGCAGAUGAACUUCGAAAAAUAUAUCUAUUUGAUAAAGUUGUAAGUAUAGUUUAUUUUAGGUAAAGACCUUAUUUUUUUUUUCUUGUACAUAUUUAUUUCACAGUUUUGCGUUUAAAUUAUACAAUCAAACUCUUUCAACGAAGACCAGUGCGUUAAUUACUUGUAGUAGAGUAACGUCAUUCAUCUUUUUUUGUUGUUGUUCUAGACAUCAACGAAUGUUCUACCAACUCUCAUAGCUGUGACGUAAAUGCGGUGUGCGGCAAUACUCUGGGUUCUUACACAUGCGCUUGCAAACCAGGAUACUCGGGUAAUGGAAGAACAUGCUCUGGUAAGUUGAAUAGUGUAAUUUAAAAACAAAGUGUUUAUGCUAAAUUUGUCUUUAGCAGUAUACUGAAGCAAGUACCCCACGCAAAAACUCACAAAAUCUGAUGACACUAUUGUGUGUAACCCAGUUAAACAGGCAACGAUGGGUGUUCAUAAAAAAUACAUCAAACUAAAAGCUAAAAUACACCAGAUGAAUUUCUAAAAAUAUAUCUAUUCCUUAAAGUUGUAAAUAUAGUUUAUUUUAUGUGAAGACAUAAUUUGUUUUCUUGUAACGUAUUUAUUUCACAGUUUUGCGUUUGAAUUAUACAAUAUCAAACUCUUUUAACGUAGACCAGUGUGUUUUUACUUCUAGUAGAGUAACUUCAUUCAUCUUUUUUUUUUGUUUCAGACAUCAACGAAUGUUCUUCCAACUCUCAUAGCUGUGACGUAAAUGCGAUGUGUGGCAAUACUCUGGGUUCUUACACAUGCGCUUGCAAACCAGGAUACUCGGGUAAUGGAAGAACAUGCUCUGGUAAGUUGAAUAGUGUAAUUUAAAAACAAAGUGUUCAUGCUAAAUUUGCCUUUAGCAGUAUGUGAAGCAAUUACCCCACGCAAAAACUCACAAAAUCUGAUGACACUAUUGUGUGUAACCCAGUUAAACAGGCAAAGAUGGGUAACCAUAAAAAAAUACAUCAAACUAAAAAGCUAAAAUACACCUGAUGAAUUUCUAAAAAUAUAUCUAUUGGAUAAAGUAGUAAAUAUAGUUUAUUUUAUGUGAAGACAUAAUUUUUUUCUUGUAAUGUAUUCAAUGUAUAUUUAUGGAUUGGUUUCUCAAAGAUAUUACCUUGCAAGCUACUCCAAAAUUCGAGUGCAAAUAUAAUAAAAAUUAUGUAUGUAUGCAAACUUCUAGCUUUAAAAUUUUUGUAAUGGCAACAACAUGUUUGUAUGUAGAUAUCGACGAAUGCACUACCAACUCUCACAGCUGUGACGUCAAUGCGGUGUGUAGUAAUACCGUGGGAUCUUACGCAUGCGCAUGUAAAGCAGGAUUCACAGGAGAUGGAAACACCUGCACUGGUGAGCCGUUUAAGUCUAAUUGA